AUGGAACAGCGGAACCGGCUCGGCGCCCUCGGAUACCUGCCGCCGCUGCUGCUGCACGCCCUGCUGCUUUUCUUGGCCAACGCUACAUUCACCGAAGUCCCCAAAGAUGUGACAGUGCGGGAAGGAGACGACAUCGAAAUGCCCUGCGCGUUCCGGGCCAGCGGAGCCACAUCAUAUUCGCUGGAAAUUCAAUGGUGGUACCUCAAAGAGCCGCCCCGGGAACUGCUGCACGAGUUGGCGCUCAGUGUGCCCGGCGCCCGAAGCAAGGUGACGAGUAAGGAUGCAACAAAAAUCAGCACCGUGCGCGUCCAGGGCAAUGACAUCUCGCACCGGCUCCGGCUGUCGGCCGUGCGGCGGCAGGACGAAGGCGUGUACGAGUGCCGCGUGUCGGACUACAGCGACGACGACACGCAAGAGCACAAGGCCCAGGCGCUGCUACGCGUGCUCUCGCGCUUCGCGCCGCCCAACAUGCAGGCUGCAGAGGCCGUGUCUCACAUCCAGAGCAGUGGCCCGCGUCGCCACGGCCCCGCCAUCGCAGCCAACGCCGGGGGCCCCACUGGUACCGUGGACCGCGCCACCUCUGAGCCCAGGCGCGGCGACAAGAGCCCACCGCCAUCCGGGGGCCCGCCUGGUUCCCCAGAUCCCGGAAUCGCCGAAGUCGCUUCUGCGGCCCACGCCGCCACCACCACUGUAGCGGCCGCGGCCGCCGCCUCCUCCGCGUCCCCGCCACCCGGCCAAGCAGUCCUCCUUCGCCAGCGGCACCGCUCGGGUAAGGGCGAGCGCCGGGAGUGCGACGCGCACGCGCGGGGGAGGGCGGGGUCUGCGGCGGACGCCCCCGGGGGUCUCCUGGAAGAGCUGGAGACUUAG